AUCCCGGCCCGCGGCCCCAGCCCGCCCGGGACGCUGGCCAGGCGCCCGGCCCCGUCCGGGCCAUGAAGUGCCACUACGAGGCGCUGGGGGUGCGACGCGACGCCAGCGAGGAGGAGCUCAAGAAGGCCUAUCGCAAGCUCGCGCUGAAAUGGCACCCGGUUAAAAAUCUGGAUAAUGCUGCGGUAGCAGCUGAACAGUUUAUAAUCCAAAGCAGCCUAGAUGUGUUGAGCGACCCUCAAGAAAGAGCAUGGUAUGAUAAUCACAGAGAGGCUCUGCUAAAAGGUGGCUGGACGGGGGAAUACCAGGACGACAGUUUAGACUUGCUGCAUUUCUUCACAGUAACCUGCUACUCUGGUAAUGGCGAUGAUGAAAAGGGCUUUUAUACUGUCUAUCGCAACGUAUUUGAAAUGAUCGCAAAGGAGGAGCUGGAAUCUGCAUUGGAAGAGGACAUGGAGGAUUUCCCACCUUUCGGAGAUUCGCAGAGUGACUAUGAUACGGUCGUUCAUCCUUUCUACGCUUACUGGCAGAGCUUCUGCACUCAAAAGAACUUUGCUUGGAAAGAAGAAUAUGAUACACGGCAAGCCUCAAAUCGCUGGGAGAAGAGAGCCAUGGAGAAAGAAAACAAAAAAAUUCGAGACCGGGCCCGGAAAGAGAAGAAUGAGCUUGUCCGUCAGCUGGUGGCCUUCAUCCGAAAAAGGGAUAAGAGAGUGCAGGCCCACCGCAGGCUCGUGGAGGAGCAGAAUGCUGAGAAGGCCAGGAAAGCCGAGGAGAUGCGGCGGCAGCAGAAGCUAAAACAGGCCAAACUUGCAGAGCAGUACAAAGAACAAAGCUGGAUGACGGUGGCUGAUUUGGAGAAGGAGCUCAGAGAGAUGGAGGCACGCUAUGAAAAGGAAUUUGGAGACGGAUCGGAGGAAGAGACUGCUGAGGAACAUGAGCUCAGAGAUGGACAGGAUGGUCAAGACAGUGAUGAUACUGAGGAUGCUGAGAUAUAUGAUGACCUUUACUGCCCUGCGUGUGACAAGUCUUUCAAGACAGAAAAGGCAAUGAAGAAUCAUGAAAAAUCUAAGAAGCAUCGGGAAAUGGUUGCCUUGUUAAAACAACAGUUGGAGGAGGAGGAAGAAAAAUUUUCAGGACAUCUCACAGAUGAAAACCCAUUGAAUGUCAGUUCUGAGGAAGAAAUUGAAGAUGCACCAAAGCAAAAGCUUUCUAAGAAGCAGAAAAAAAAGAAACAGAAACCUCUAGCACAGGAUGUUGGUGAUAGUCUAAAUGAAAAUGGACCUGAAGAACUAAAGAUUGAUCCAGAAGAUGCCAAUUUAAUUCAAGAUAAUGCCAAAGAAUUGGAAGAUCAUCCCAAAGAAAACAUAAGUGCUAAGGAGAUAGUAGAACUCUGUGAUGACCCCAAAAGUGAAGCUAAAAGUAUUCCUAAAUCCAAAGGAAAGAAAGCCAAAGAAGUGAAAAAGUCUGUUAAACCUACUGAACCGCAAACAAUGAGUGAUGUUCUCAUCAGCUGUACCACCUGCCAUAGUGAAUUUCCAUCCCGGAAUAAACUUUUUGACCAUCUUAAGGCUACAGGUCAUGCCAGAGCACCGUCAUCGUCAUCUUUAACCAAUGUAGCAAGUACUCGGAGCAAGAAAGAGAAACGUAAAAACAGAUAGAAAUUCUGCCAACGCUUGUUAUUUGAUUGUGUCUAGAUUCUAAAACCAAAUAUUGAACUGAAAUCCAAAAGUGUUAAAAAUUUCCGUGAUCUGCAAUUUAAUGCAUUGUGGAAGAUUAUUUUUUAUCUUGUAAAAAAACAUUCUUUUGUUUAAUAUAUAUAUUUUUAAACAUUUCAUUAGUGAUUAAAUUCUACUUUUGCCAUCCUAACUAACUUGAUUGUCUCAAAACAGGGAUAUUGUAAAGUAUGACUUUUUGUUUCUGUUGGCUUAUGUGAACAGAAAUGUACAGGGAAAAUUAAAUUAUUUUAACACAUA